AUGGUUCAACGAAUAAUUCCCGUUCAAUCUCCCCUCAAUGCAGACUUCGAAAACUUCGUGCAUGAGACAUUACAAAAAUGGCACGUUCCAGGCAUGUCAAUUGCAGUGGUCGACGGAGAGCAUACCUGGGCUGAGGGCUAUGGAAUAUCAUCCUUCCCAUCAACUCCCGUAACCCCAUCAACUCUUUUCUUCGCUGGUAGCACCACCAAAGCUUUCACGGCUGCAAUAAUGGCUCAACUGGUCGAAGAUAACAAGACCUACCCACAAGUUCAAUGGAAGACACCAGUCAACCAACUAAUUCGAGACGACUUUGUGCUCGCCGAUGAAUAUGCGACUCAGCAUAUCACUAUCGAAGAUACCCUGUCCCAUAGAACAGGUCUCCCACGGCACGAUCAGUCGUAUGGGAAUAACUUAAGCCGGGAAACUGCUGUGCGAGAGCUCGUGCGCUCAUUACGAUACUUACCAUUAACAGCAGAGCCACGGACAAAAUUUCAGUAUUGUAAUCUCAUGUUUGUGGCAGCUUCUCAUGUUAUCCAAACAGUGACGGGUAAAUGGUUGGGAGAUUUGCUUUCUCGUCAGAUUUGGAAACCCCUUGACAUGAAGGCCACAUUCUUUAGCUUGGAAGACGCGCAAGUUGCCAAAGAGGAUUUGGCUAGGGGAUAUUCGUAUCCCUUAUUUGAUGAAGAUGAUGACAACGACGAAACAAAAUACAAGGAAGUGGGAUGGAUGAGUCUGAAUGAGAUCUCCGGUGCCGGUUCGGUAGUCACGAAUGUCCUGGAUUAUGCAAAAUGGGCCCGUUCGCUUAUGUACAAAACCGGUCCCCUGUCAUCGGAAACGUAUAAAGCAAUUUGGGAACCGCGAACUGUGAUGCCUGCAGAUCCAGAUGCACCGUUUACCGGCCCCUCUGCAUAUACCCUUGGCUGGUGGACCGGAGUAUAUAAGGGCUACCAAUAUUACGAACAUACAGGCGGCAUGAAUGCGUUUGGAGCGGAGUUGAUUCUAUUUCCAGAACUGAAGUAUAGCGUCAUAUUACUUGGAAAUACAGCAGGGACGUCGAAUUGCGCGGCUAAGAAGCUUGCUUUCCAUCUCAUCGAUGAGAAGCUGGGAAUCCCCGCGGAGAAGAGGUUCGAUUGGGAUCAGUACAACAAAGCAAUCAUCGACCGCGCAAAAGAACGGGAUCAAAACUCAAUCAAACAUUUAUAUCCAUCCCUUCCUUCACCACGCCUUCCCGCCAUACUGCCUUUAUCCGCAUACACAGGCACAUAUACACACCCGGGCUAUCAGACCCUAACCAUCUACUUGGAUCAAGCAGAGAAUAUACUACGCGCAGAUCGAACGUACACAACAUGGUCCGAGAGUCUAAGCUUCGAGCACGUAAGCGGCGAUUAUUUCAUUGCCAGAUCCGUUCAUGACGGCGAUCUAGGGGCUUUUGUGCCUACGGUGUAUCCGGCGGAGUUUGUGGUGGGGGUGGAUGGCAUUUCCCAAAAGGUUGGAGUUGGAUUUGAGGAGGAGAUGGGAAAGGAGGGCAGGAUUUGGUUUGAGCGUGUUUGAUCGAACUUCCCUUUCUAUGCGUAUAUCACUUGAAAAUAGGGCAACCAACAAGGUUUAAGUAUCGGCCCGCUCCGACCCACAGAAAACAGUGGGUAUUGCUCAGGCAUUGU